AUUCUAUAGAAAAGCUAAAUAUAUGUCCUUUUUUUGUCUUACUCUGAAACCUAUGCUAAUAGUACAACGAUAACUCAUUCUGAACUAUCUUCGGAACAAUUAUGAUAGUUAUAGUUUUACAGUUAUACAGUUAUAACAGUUAUACAGUUAUGACAGUUACAGUUAUAACCGUUACAGUUAACCGUCCAAAAACUGUAACUGGUGCAUGCCUAUUGUUAGCUCUUUCAAGCUUUCGUAAAGGAAACAAUGCCGUCAACUUAUCCUGCUGUUUCUACCUCAAGGUAAUUUUACAUAUAUUCCUACGAUCAAAACCGCUGACUCUUUAUUAUUCAUUUUUCAGUCAAAAUCAACGACUAAAUAAUAUCCUUUGUCAUCAGUAUUCAAAACGUUUUUGAAGUGCAUAGGUUGAUUUAUUCGAAGAAGCAAAAUAUGAACAGUACAUCAAAUACAAACAAAUAUGGACAAUGCAUAUAACAGUUAGACGUAAAAUGCUUUUUAGUGGAGGGGUCAUCGACAAAAAGUGUCAGUAAGUAUAUUACAUAAAUACCAGAAAUGCAUUUUUUUUAAUCAAUCAACCGUAAGAAGCGAGAUAUACCUUCUUGAUAACAGGUAUAAAACAGUGACUUAUAUUCAUUUAAAAGGCUUCUCUAAAGUGAACUACUGUUGAUAUUUGUGCACUACACUAAACCAUAGCAAAAUCAUAUAAUGAAAUUAUCUCAUACUGUAUGGAUAUGUUUGACGAUUUAUAUUUUAUUUCAUACAGGUAGAAAACACGUUCUAAUUAUUACAUAAAAAGAAGUACAGUUAUAGAGUACCCUCAUAUAGUGUAAAGACUAUAUACUGGCUAUGAAAAUUGGUUUGAGAAUUUACAUAACAACUACACACACGUAUAUUUCUUCUAUUGCUUCUACAGUCGCAUUUAUGCCUAGUCAGUAUCGCCAGUUAUUCAAGUAAUCUUCAUUUUCUCCCCGUAGGGUCUGUUGUUGAUGGUAAAACAUACUAUGUCUCAAAAUCGGGUAAUGAUAAGAAUUCUGGGCUAACAGAAUCCCAUCCAUUCAAAACGAUUCAACAUGCUGCAAAUGUUGUUGUGGCUGGCUCCGUUGUGAAUGUCAAAGCGGGUGAAUAUGACGAAACAGUCGUAAUCCACAUUCAAGGAAAUUCGAAAGAUGGUUACAUCACAUUUCAAAAUUAUAAACAGGACAAAGUAAUUAUUACCGGUAAAAGUGCCAAAACACCUGCACCUGAUGGGUCACUUUGCAUUAUUUAUUUGCAAAAUAAAUCGUAUAUAAAAAUUAUCGGAUUUGAGAUAAAAACAUUGAAAGCAACUGAUGGAUCUGGAAUUCGAAUUAAUGGUGCAGGUAGUCAUAUAGAAAUUAGAUCGAAUAAAAUUCACGAUAUUCGUGGAGGUGGAAAAUCAGGAGGUGCGAUGGGUAUUACUGUUUACAACACCAAUGCUAAAAUGUCACUGUCACAAAUAAUUAUCGAUUCGAAUGAGGUAUACGACUGUGAUCCAGCUUGGAGUGAAGCACUAACAUUGAAUGGAAACAUUGAGCAAUUUCAAAUAACUCGUAAUCGUGUUCACGAUGUGAACAAUAUUGGAAUUGACAUGAUCGGUGGUGAAUCAUGGACUGGAAAACAAAUCGUGAGGAAUGGUAUAUGUGCUAACAAUACGGUGUGGAAUAUUCAUUCUGUCUAUGAUCAAAGUGCAGCUGCGAUCUAUGUUGAUGGCGCAAGAAAUAUCACAAUACAAUACAAUGAAGUUUAUCGGUCGGAUUUCGGUAUGGAGAUUGGAGCAGAAAACAAAGGUAUUAUUGCAUCUCAAGUCGUUGUUAAAAAUAAUUUCAUUCAUGAUAAUGACCAAUUAGGUUUAGCAUUUGGUGGCUACGAUUCAAAACGUGGUCGUGUUCAAAAUUGUAUAUUUGAAUAUAACGUCCUUCAAUCAAAUGAUCGAAAACAUUCGGGUUUUGGAGAAAUUGUGGUGUCUUUCGCAAGUAAAAAUAAAGUCCAAUACAAUGUAAUUCAACCAAACGAUCAAAAUAUUGUUUUAUCCACGAAUGCGGCUGGAAAUGUGAAUAAUAUAUUUGAUUAUGAUCGAUAUAUACUUCGAAAUGGAAAUACUGCUGAUGAUCUCAUAUUCGAGUGGGGUAACAAGAAGUAUAAUGGUCUAUCAAGGUUUCAAAAAAAAACGAAACAAGAACUGCAUGCAGUUGUUCGUACUUGA